UGGAGGUGGGAGGGGGGGAGUACCACAUCGCGGUCUUCCAGCUCUGAGCUGCCAGUUCCUGGUUGCCAAGCAGUUAUUGUUUCUGUGACGAUUGCGGAGGCUGUUGCUAAUUGAAGAAGCCCUCUGAGCAUCCUGCUUUCUCCUCUUUCAUGCUCCUCAUUUAAAUUUUAGAGGCAGAACAGGGGAGGAAAGAAAGACAGAGAGUGAGAGAGCACGCAGAUUCAGGGUGGCACAUAUGUAUGUAUAUAUUUUUGGCGGCAUUAAAUUUUCAUGGGGAAGGGGGAAGUGUGAGGAGAGCUCUCUCAGCUGGUGAUUAAGUGAUGGACUAGUUACUCAUUUAUAUUCCUUUAGCUUUUGUGCCUCUAAACACUUGCACAGUUGUGAACGCACGCUCUCUCUCUCUGCCUCUCUCUUGCAUGCUCAUGCACACGCACCCACGCACUCUCAAACCCAUGCACGCAGACCUGUGAGUUCUUCUUUGACACUGCAGUGGACUGUAGUAGGUGAACAUGACUACAGCUAAGGAGCAAAGUGCUUCAGCGAAACAAGCCCAACAAGAGCAGGAGCUGGUGGGAAGCAACCCUCCGCAAAGAAACUGGAAAGGAAUUGCAAUUGCGUUACUUGUUAUUCUGGUUAUCUGCUCCCUGAUUGUCACUUCGGUUAUCUUGCUGACACCAGUUGAAGACAAUAGCCAGUCUCAAAAGAAGAAGAUUACAGUGGAAGAUUUGUUCAGUGAAGAUUUCAAAAUUCAUGACCCACAGGCUAAAUGGAUAAGUGAUACCGAAUUCAUUUACAAAAACCGGAACGGCUCUGUGAUAUUGCAGAAUGUCGAAACAAACAGGUCAACUGUGUUAAUAGAUAACAAAAUAAUUGUAUCCAUAAGAGCCGUUCGAUAUGAAGUGUCACCAGAUAGAGAAUAUGCACUUUUUGCCUAUGAUAUCAAGCCGGAGUAUCAGCAUUCGUAUACGGCAUAUUACGUCCUCAGAAAACUGCCUUACGGGGAGCCUCAGAAUUUGUACCCUCCCGAAGUCAGCAACACAAAACUUCAGUACGCAGGAUGGGGGCCAAAAGGACAACAACUGAUAUUUAUCUUCGAGAACAACAUCUACUACUGUGCCAAGGUGGGGAAACAAGCCAUCCGUCUGGUCUCCACUGGGAAAGACAAAGUUAUUUUCAAUGGACUCAGCGACUGGCUAUAUGCAGAGGAAAUUCUGAAGACCCAUAUUGCGCACUGGUGGUCUCCAGAUGGCACAAGGUUAGCGUACGCAACCAUCAAUGACUCCAGAGUCCCCACUAUGGAGAUCCCCAUGUACACCAAUGAUCUUUACCCUAAAGUGAAAACAUACCAUUAUCCAAAGGUUGGAACAGAAAAUCCAAGCAUUUCCUUGCAUGUCAUUGGUUUGAACGGACCUCCCCAUGACUUGGAAAUGACUCCUCCAGACGAUCCAAGAAUGAGAGACUACUAUAUCACCAUGGUGAAAUGGGCUACCAGUACCAAAGUGGCAGUAAACUGGCUCAACCGAGCACAGAACGUCUCCAUCCUGACUCUCUGCGACGCAACCACCGGCGUCUGCACAAAGAAACAUGAAGAUGAGAGUGAAGCCUGGCUACACAGACAGAACGAAGAGCCUGUGUUCUCCAAAGAUGGCAAGAAGUUCUUCUUUGUCCGAGCUAUUCUUCAGGGAGGGCGAGGCAAAUUCUAUCACAUUUCCAUGUCGUCUUCUCAGCCCAACAGCAGCAGCGAUAACCUGCAGACCAUCACAUCAGGAGACUGGGAUGUGACCAAGAUUUUGGGAUAUGAUGAAAAGAGGCAUAAAAUUUAUUUCCUCAGCACAGAAGAAUUGCCCAGAAAAAGACAUUUAUACAGCACCAGUCUUGGAGACUUCAACAGGCAAUGUUUAUCCUGCGAUUUGACCAGCAACUGCACGUACUUCAGUGCAUCCUUCAGCCCCAACAUGGUCCAUUUCCUGCUGACAUGUGAAGGUCCGAGAGUUCCGAUGGUGAGCGUUUACAGCACUUUAGACAUGCCAGAUGGACCAGAGGGGCCGUUUGUGAAAAAACUCUUUGAUCUAGAGUUAAAUGACAAAGUGCAGCAGACGGUAACCGAAAGGCAAAUGCCUAAAGUAGAAUACAAAGAUAUCAAGAUUCACGAUUACAAAUUGCCAAUGAAAAUUUUAAAGCCGGCUGUCUUCACGAAAGACAUGCAUUAUCCAUUACUUCUGGUGGUAGAUGGAACUCCUGGUACCCAGAGUGUGACAGAAAAGUUUGAAGUCAAUUGGGAGAGCGUUAUGGUCAGCUCCUACCACACCAUUGUGAUGAAGUUUGACGGCCGCGGGAGCGGAUUUCAAGGGACCAAGUUGCUGCACGACAUUAAAAGGAAGUUGGGUGUUUUCGAAGAAAAGGACCAAAAGGAAGCUGUCAGACUAAUGAUGCAAGAAUCAUAUAUUGAUAAUACCCGUGUUGCUGUGUUUGGAAAGGACUAUGGCGGCUACCUGAGUGCUUACAUCCUUCUUUCCGGAGAGGAGAACAAAGAGCAAGUCUUCACGUGCGGCGCUGCUCUUUCCCCACUGACGGACUUCAAGUUGUAUGCUUCAGCCUUUUCGGAAAGAUAUUUGGGACUCCUAGGAAUUGAUAAUAAAGCAUAUGAGAUCACCAAACUAUCCCACAGAGUCAUGUCAACGAAAGACCAGAAGUUCUUGAUCAUCCAUGCGACUGCCGAUGAGAAAAUCCACUUCCAGCACACUGCUGACCUCAUUACUCACCUAAUUAAGGCAAAGGCUAAUUACAGCUUGCAGAUAUACCCUGACGAGGGCCAUUACUUCCCUCCAGCCCUGGAGCAGCAUUUAUACAAGUCCAUCGUCAAUUUCUAUGAGGAUUGUUUCCAAGUCCAGGACAAAAUUCCAGUAGUUUCAACAAAAGAUGACGAAGAUGAGGAUUAACCCUACGGGGCUUGUGCUCGGAAUGCACAAGGCCAUUCGUAAUAAGAAUUAUGCAACUGAAUCUCUGGUUUUGGGUUUUUUUUCUUCCUGGACAAAGGAGCAUUACAUGACCAUGUCUUUCCCAAAACUGAAAAGCAAAAGCAGCUCACCUGCUUUCUACCGGAUCAUGACUCCUUCCUGAACGGAAGAACGUUUAAGCAUGAGGAACUCAGCAGAAACUGCUGCUUAAGAAAAAAAACAAACCAACAAAAAGGAUCUUCAUACCUUUCUUGCCAUGAAGUGACUUCUGGAAUAAGAUGCUCGAUCAGGAAAUUGGACUCAGAAGGAGAUGACCCCAAGAAUCACUAGAUGACUAUUUUAAAAAAGGCCUUUUUUGCGUUGGAAGGAUUCACGCAGUAGCAGUGGAAACCCACCAUCGGUUUGUAGUAGGAACCCCUUUAGUUCGUGCUUCAUUGUUUCAGCUUAAACUACCAACCAUGGAAUAAAGAUUAUAGCACAAUUA